UCUCUUACCUCAUCUUACCUCGGUUUCUUACCUCGAAUCCUUCGGAGCCGCGGCCGGAAGCACCAUCAUCCUCAUCGCCGACCAAGCCAUUAGAGCGAUUUCAUCAUCUGGCGGUUGCAAAUCGUCCGGUAUAUUACAAUCCGACGAAGACGACAAUGGAUUCCGAGCUCGAGGAUCUCCGCAAACUGCGAAUAACUACCAUGGAAGGGGUGGAAGGAGAGGAUGGCGAGGAAGCGGUCGAGCACGACGACGUGGAGGAGGAAGAGGAGGAAGAGGAGGAAGAGGAUGAGGGAGUAACCGUAGGGUUCGUCGAGAAGCCCAAGAAUCCCCGGUCACUUCUCCGCCAUCUCUUCCCGAGCAAAGCUGGAGGGGUUCCCGCCUGGUUGGAUCCCGUAAACUUACCGCCAGAGAAAUCUCGCACUUGUGGCUUCUGCGGAGAGCCUCUGCAAUUCCUUCUUCAGAUUUAUGCUCCAAUCUCUGAGAAAAAAUCGACCUUUCAUCGUACAUUAUUCGUUUUCAUGUGCCCAUCUAUGUCAUGCAUUCUUCGAGACCAACAUGAACAGUGGAAGCGUGAAGGAGGGAAUCUUUGUAGAAGUGUGAAGGUUUUCCGAUGUCAGCUACCUCAGACGAAUCCAUUUUACUCGAGCGAACCACCGAGGCGUGACGGCACCGACAAGCCACUUUGCGCGGGAGUUUCUCUUUGUUGCUGGUGCGGCACAUGGAAAGGAGAGAAACUCUGCAGUAGUUGUAGGAAAGCAUGCUACUGUUCGGAGAAGCAUCAGGCGUUGCACUGGCGAUCAGGACAUAAGAAUGAUUGCCGUUGUAUAAUCAGUUCAGAAGCAUCUGAUUCUCCUCUAGUUUCGAGCACCACUUUAUGGCCUGAAUAUGAGAUUGCGAUUGAGGAGGAAUAUUUUUUUAAUUCUGAGGUUUCUGAAGAGAAUAGCUCCUCAACAUCUUUGGUUCCAACAAAUAAUAGUAAGAAAGAUGAGAUGGUGCUGUCAUUGAUGGAUCAAUUUGAGGCUGACGCUGAUAAAAAGAGUUGGGCAUCUUUCCAAGAGCGACUCACCAGAGCACCGAAGCAAGUUUUAAGAUAUUGCCGAGAUCCAAUGGCGAGACCACUGUGGCCUUUAUCAAUUGGCCGGCCAUCUAAGGCAGAUAUUCCUUCAUGCAGCUACUGUAAAGGCCCAUUAUGCUAUGAAUUCCAGAUCAUGCCGCAGUUGCUUUAUUACUUCGGGGUGAAAAAUGAUCCCGACUCCCUUGAUUGGGCAACUAUUGUUGUAUACACUUGUUUAGAAUCCUGCGAAAUCAGCAUGGGUUACAAAGAGGAAUUUGCCUGGGUUCAGUUAUAUCCUACAGCUACACUACCCUGAUGUGUCUUGAUAUAUGUCUAGAGAAGACCCUCAAUAUUACAAUCUCAGGUGUGAAGAUCCGUAGUCUUUGCUUUUCGUUAUAAUUUUUUAUGAAGUUAUUUUGUUGGCUUUUCUUUGUGAACUGAAGCGUAAUUUUGGUAAUAAUUGCAUAAUCUUUAUAGAUCCUGGAUGUUGAGUUUUCCA